UUGGAGUGCCUGAUGCAGUUGGUGAGCGCAGGCGCCACUCUGGACGUGUCCACCUCACGGUACGCGCAGACGCCGGCCCACAUCGCGGCUUUCGGAGGGCAUCCUCGAUGCCUGGUCUGGCUGAUCCAAGCAGGAGCCAACGUGAAUGAACCGGACUGCGAGGGCGAGACGCCCAUUCACAAGGCGGCCCGCUCGGGGAGCCUGGAGUGCAUCAGUGCCCUUGUGGCCAGCGGGGCUCAGGUCAACCUGAGGAAUGCCAGUGGCCUGACGGCAGCAGACAUUGCCCAGACCCAGGGUUUCCAAGAGUGCACCCAGUUCCUCUCGAACCUUCAGAACUGUCAUCUGAACCGUUUCUAUACCAAUGGCACCUUAAAUGGGGGUCCUCAGAAUGUAUUUCCUAACCACAUUAAUCUGGGAACGAAUCGAAAGAGAUGCUUGGAAGACUCGGAAGCCUUUGGCGUGAAGAAAGCUAGACCUGCAGCUCCAAGCUUCGAUUACCCCGUGCCACUAGUGAACGGCGAGAUGGAAGACGAUGCUGACAAAAUGCACGUCGACAGAGAGUUUGCUGCUGUAACAGAUAUGAAAAACAGUAGCUCCGUGUCGAGUACACUGACAAAUGGACGUGCCACCAAUGGACACUCGGACUUCCCCUCUGCGACCCAGCUCAGUGGCACAGAAAGCAGGCAUGCACAGUGCUUGCCCGGAUCUAACGGGAUUAGCAGUGGCUCAGUCCCGGGACUGCCAUUCCUGAGUAGCCAGGGUCCCCUCUGUGGCGGUGGGCCUGAGGAGACAGACAAGCUGGCGGGCUCCGGCGCCGAGAUGUGCGGGUCCCUGCACCUGAAUGGGAGCCCGAGCAGCUGCGUAGCCAGUCGGCCCUCCUGGGUGGAGGACCUCGGGGAGAACCUGCACUACGGACACUACCAUGGCUUUGGGGACACCGCCGAGAGCAUCCCUGAGCUGAACAGCGUGCUGGAGCACUCCAGCUCCGUGCAAGUGGAGGAAUGCUACAACCGCGCCGUGCUGGGCGCCAUGCACCUGCACCACGGCUCCUGAGGCCCAGCCCGCAGCCUGAGGGAGCGUCCUGGCCUGGAAGGUUCCAUACGUUAGCUCUCAGAAACAGUGAACCUCUACCCGACAAGUCCCCAGGGCGCAGGCUCGAGCGUGAGUCAGGUGUGUGUGCAUAGACGCUCCCGCAGCAGGUGGCCGUUCUGUAAGGCGCGUUUUGGGAGUUUAAUUUCUCUGGUGCCAAUCUCAAUAUUUUCUUGUAAAACUGUCCCCAUAAAUUGUCAGAUUGUAUCUGAUCGAGAUACGCUGGGACAGUACAUGAGGUGCCUGGUGACCUCUGUUUGCAGAUAGGUAUCAUUUAAAAAGCUUGCCUCUGCUCGUUCACGUAGGACUUAGGACAGAGCACAGCGGUCUCCCCUGCAGAGCACAGCCUUCUGAAGAUUUCUUGCAGUGCGUGGUAUGGAGAAAAGAACCUUUGUCGUCUUCAACGUCUUUCCAUUGAAAUGUUGCAGCUCGCCCGUGGCUCGGCGAGGUUUGGGUGUGGACAUGCAGUGGUUUAGGGUGUCGGUGGUGUGCCCUCAGCCCCUCCCCAUGUCGGUCACUGCCUUGGGUUCACUGAGAGUAGGCCCCGCCCUGGGCUGGAUUCUGAUGACUUGUGUUUUUAAUUCCACGUUUCCUACUCGGCCUCCAGGAUUUUUACCACAGAUAAGGGUUUCCUUUAUAUGUAGUGGGUGUUAGUAUUUGUAGGACUGUCAGGACACAGUAUUUAAUGGACUGUUCUGACUUCGAUUUUUUCCCUUGUUUCUGUUCUUUGGGGUUUCUGCUUUAAUAUAGGCCACUCUGUAUAUCCAGUUACCUGAGAGGAUUCUGACUGUUCAUAAAGCCGUGUAUUACGUUUAUGGUUUUAUAGAAAUUAGCUUUUGUUUAGGCAACUGGUAGUUACCCUGUGCUGCAGGUAUUGUAAUGAAUUUUUACUUUUCUGGUUUUGUAAUAAAAAUCAGUGCAGAUAGAGAAAAUGUCAGAUGCACAACCCAGUGUUGUAUGAGUGUUCCUUCGUUUAAAACCGCCCUUUACCAAUGGAAUAAAAAGCUCUCACUCA